GCGCGCUUCUCCGAGAUGAACAAAAUCAAGGCGCCGGCGGGGGCGGGCGCCAUGGUCAAGCUGGCGCUGGCGGGCGGCGCGCUCUGGUUCGGCGCCACCAACACGCUCUACAACGUCGAGGGAGGCCACCGGGCAAUCGUCUUCAACCGCUUCGAGGGGAUCAAGGACAAGGUCUACCCCGAGGGGACUCACCUCAUCAUCCCACUCAUCGAGAGGCCCAUCAUCUACGACGUACGCGCGCGACCCAACCUCGUCGAGAGCACUUCCGGGAGCAGGGAUCUCCAGAUGGUGAGGAUUGGUCUUCGUGUGCUCACGCGACCCAUGCCAGAGAAACUACCAACUAUGUACAGGACCCUGGGGGAGAACUACAAUGAGAGAGUUUUGCCUUCAAUCAUUCAUGAAACACUCAAAGCUGUGGUUGCACAAUACAAUGCCAGUCAGCUUAUCACGCAGAGAGAGGCUGUGAGCAGGGAGAUCAGGAAGAUUCUGACAGAGAGGGCCAAGAAUUUCAACAUUGCUCUGGAUGAUGUGUCCAUUACCAGCCUCAGCUUUGGCAAGGAGUUCACUCAUGCCAUUGAAGCCAAACAGGUUGCUGCUCAGGAAGCUGAGCGUGCCAAGUUCAUUGUUGAGAAGGCUGAGCAAGACAAGAGAAGUGCAAUUAUCAGGGCACAGGGUGAGGCUAAGAGUGCAGAGCUGAUAGGCCAGGCGAUCGCCAACAACCCUGCUUUCGUCGCUCUCAGGCAGAUUGAAGCCGCCAGGGAGAUUGCGCAUACCAUCUCAAGCUCCAGCAACAAGGUGUUCUUGGACUCGAGCGACCUGCUACUUGGACUCCAGCAGCUCAACAUUGCGGGCAAGGGCAAGAAAUGAGAUUUAUCUCCUGUCAUUCAUGUCAUGGUUGCCGUCGGUCGGUUUUCUCCGUGUAAGAAGAGUACUUUCGAGAGGAACAAAACACUUUAGUUUCUGUUAAUGCCCUUGCUGCUGCAAAUUGCUUUGUUGAAUUUGCAAUUGAACUUGUCAGCUACUUACUGCUUUUGCUGUAUGAACCGAUGGGAGAAGGUUUAAUAUGAAUGGUCGCUUAGCUCA